CCUCACCCCCCGCUCCCGCCCCCUCGCGCGCGCGCCGGGGAAAACGUUGCGCAGGUUCUAAAGCGGCGGCGGGGGCGCGGCCACGCGCGAGGGGGCGUGUGAGGGGGAGCGGCGGGGAACGGCCGCCACCGGCAGAGCCUCGGCCCGCUGCCGGCCCGCUCGCCCACCUGCCCGCCCGCCUGCCCGCCGCAUGGAGCUGUCGGCCAUCGGCGAGCAGGUGUUCGCCGUGGAGAGCAUCCGCAAGAAGCGCGUGCGGAAGGGUAAAGUAGAAUACCUGGUGAAGUGGAAAGGAUGGCCCCCAAAAUACAGCACAUGGGAGCCAGAGGAUCAUAUCUUGGACCCUCGCCUGGUAGUGGCUUAUGAAGAAAAGGAAGAGAGAGACCGUGCAUCAGGGUACAGGAAAAGAGGCCCCAAACCAAAGCGCCUCCUAUUGCAGCGGCUGUAUGGCAUGGACUUGAGGAGUGCUCACAAGGGAAAGGAGAAGCUCUGCUUCUCUCUUGCACGGAGGUUUGGAGGAGGAGACAGUAGCCUGCCAGGGGCCAAGACAGGGCAGGCAGAGUUCCCUGAGAAGACUGGGGGUGCAGUCCUGCCGUUCUCUCUCCGGAAGCAACGCAAAAACCAGAAGUACCUACGACUGUCAAGGAAGAAGUUCCCACGCAUGGCAAGUCUGGAGAACCGAAACUGCAGGCAUGAGUUCUUCCUGAGUGAUGCGGUGGGCCUAGAGGCGCGGCAGAGCCCUGAGGAUUGGGAGGCCAUGCAGCACACUAGCAAAGAAGCAGAUGUGGAUGCCAGUCUCCCUUGGAUCCCCACUGUGCCCUCCAGCGAAGUGACAGUGACAGACAUCACAGCAAAUUCCAUUACUGUCACUUUCAGAGAAGCACAAGUGGCUGAGGGCUUCUUUCGAGACCGGAGUGCACAGUUCUGAAUCUCAGCAGUGCUCCCCAAAAAUAUUGCUUUUAGAGUGGGGCUAGGGAAGAGUUACAUUAUCCCUUAAGAGAAAAAAAAAAUCCAAAAUGUCUCCUCUUAAAAUGUUUACAGAGACCUUUUUUUCCCCUCCAUUUUCCCCUUUCAGAUACGCAAAAAAAGACAGUGUAGGGGGUGUGUGUUUGUCAUUGCUUUGUCCAGCUGAAAAACUGACAGCCCUUUCCCUGGCAAAGAUUCCCCUCCUUGAUGUGGGAGCAGCAAGCUGAACAAUUUGCCUUUUAUCCUGUUAAGUGGCAGCAGCUGCAUUUGUGGGAGAGGGCAUGUGGAGGUGGAAAGAGAGCUGGAUCUCUAGCCUGCCGCCUUGUUCUGCAAUUGAUAUCCCUUGGAUAAAGAUACAUCUUUGUACAUUGCUCUUCCCACCUUCCUCCUCCCUCUCUUCCUGCAGCAGUGAGAGGCGAUGGAUCCUACCUGUGUAGAUAACUCCAGCCUGUUAAGACUUUCUCUCCAGUGCUGUUUUCCCUGUGGCCUGCUAUCAGGACUUCAGAAGCAUAUUUGCCUGUCUGUGGUAAGUCAGUCUUUGCAGCACGGGUCCGUAUAGACAGCAGAGCUUUCUCCCUUUGAUUGUUGAUCAUACGGAAAGACUGAAAUGCAUCUCUGAAAUCCAAACUGGCAACAUAAAUUCAAUUUGCCCUCGUUAAAAGCUCAGAAAGCCAGCAUAGUUGUGACAUACCAUUCUGUAUCUGUUAAACAGGAUUUCCAGACUUGGUUUUGCUGCAUGAGGAAUGCAUUAUGGAAAGUGGGGUCUUCUUACCCUUUGCCAAAUUCAAUAUUAAUAACAAAUCCUGCCCUGAAUCAGUAGUAAUAAGUUGGUUGAAAACUGACUCCUCUCCCCUGGGAGGAGGGACUAAUAGGACAACUGAAGCAUUGCCUACCACUGCAGAGAUAGCCAAGAUGCUGGCACAGGCCCAGGACAUUGGAAUCGGACAGAACUGAGCUAGAAAUAGACCUUGAUUAGCAGCAAAUUCUGUUCUUGGAUCCCAUAGAGAGAUUCAAAUUAAACAACAUGUGGGGAAGGCAUGUAUUAGAUUUGAGGAGGGAAAAAACUUCCUAAUUCUUAGCAAUAAGAAUUCUUGGAUUGCUCUGCCUGAGUGAUAUACUUCCAUGACUCCAGGAUCAUCACAGUAUCUAUGAUCCUGUACUACUUUACUGAUAGGAACUUCCCCUUGGAAGACUUAAAAAUCUUUGCCAAGGAAAGUGGUCUGCAUUUCAAUAGACCUGCCUGAUCUUGCACUUCAAAAUGCCUUGUGCUGAACUGCCUAUGACACUUUGAGGUUUUUGAAGAAUUGCUGUAUUUUGAGUUGGUAAUUUAGCAUAGCAUCUGUUCUUGCACAUGCAUGUUCUCUUCCAUUUUUAAAAGCAAAUUUUAUUUAAAUAACUUAAUUUUUUAAAUAUAGACCUUUUCCAAUGGAAAGCAAGAAAAGUAAGGAAGUCUGAAGUAGGAACUGCGGGACAGAGUGCUGCAGGGUAACAUUGGCUACUGUCACGAUUACUGUCCUCAAACACUAUGUUUCCUUACCCUACCCCACCUGAAGCAUCUCUUAUCUGCUGUAUUUAUUCAAAAUGAAAAUACAAGCCUUCUUAGCUCUGAGAUAAAGACACCUGUGGAAAUCCUCAGUAUGUUUGUUUGAGGGGCUUGGCUCCUGGCCUGCAGAAUUCAGGAGCUCUAGGGUUUCUGCUCCUCCAAACAUCUACUUAUUACAAAGUGCUUAAACUGCCACUGUGAGUUUUUACUAGAAGCAGUUUUUGCCUCAUUUAGGAUAUGCCAGCUCAGUGUAGAUUUAGAAUUUCCCCUUCCAUCUCAGUGCUGUUGGAGCAGGUCUGUCUUUCAUGCUAUCAGAGCAGUUUCAGAAUCACUGGGAAGAUCUUGAAUUUCUGGACUGACCUUUUGUCUCUCAAAGAAGUAAGAUGGGAGUUUUAUUACGGAGAAAUCUGAGAGAGUGAGAAGUGGAAGCUGGGGCAGAAUUAUGUGGUGGGAGGAAGAGUGAGUGGGAAAGAAGCUUGCAAUAGCUAGCAAGGGCAAACUGAUGAGGUAAGCAUCCAGGCACAGGAUGUUUGUUGAACGUGGGUGUCCAGAGCGAGGCUUCUGUGUCUGGAGUUGCACCCUUUUUUGCAGGAUGUGGGGUCAGACAAUGUUGUUACUAUCACCCACACACCGCCUCUUCCUGACACCUGCCAAAUAUGCUAAAUACCUGCAUCUCUCUUCUGUUGUGACCAGUGGACACACCACAUGGUCCAGUCCACUCUUGUGGGUUGGAGCAGGUCAGGUAGUGAUAGUUGCAGAAGCAUAGCGUUUUAGCUUAUUUUAAAAGAAGUCUUGAACUGCAGCUCAUCCUGCUAAAUCUUCAUGGCCUUUCUAGGAUUUGGUUUAUUUAUUCUAAUGCAGCAACUGCUGCCUUUGUCAUGUCUUCAUCUCAGUGUACAAAUACACCAAAAAAAGCUUCCUAUUUACUAAGUUCCUGGCUUUGGCUGACAUUGGAAGCAAUAUCAAUUCUGCAGCAGGAAAGAGCUUGUCCUAAUAAACUAAUUUUCCAUCCUCUGCUUUUCUCUCCACUCUCCAGCUGACACUUCUCAACACUUUAUUUUGGCAUUUUUCUUUAAACAUAUUUUCUUUCUCUUGCAGUAGAGUUUUCAAAGACCUGUGGUGAUCUUUCAAAGAGGAUCCACCCACAGCUUCAUAUCUUAAUAAUUCUUUUGGAUCAGGCUAUCUAGUGUUGACUGGUGACUAAUCAUCUUGCUACACGAAGUGUGGAACAAAGUACCUGGCUACCAUGCUACUUUGUGUCAAUGAGGAGCUACUCAUAAUGGGGUUAAGACACAACAAACUGCAUAUGCGUGGGUUUGGAGGGGAAGGUGUGAAGAGGAGUUUGUGGUAGGAAACUAAGCAGUUACUUUGUUGUCGUGGUCUUUUUUUGACAUUCAUGAAUUCUUGUAUAUCUCAAAGAAUUUUUUGAGAAGAUUUUUCUCCUGCUCUUUUUAAAAUGUGGCCCUCUUCCACAUUGUCUGCUGACAUAUCACUGUAAACUUCCUUGGAAGAGCUGGUCUUCAGGGACUUUAAAAUUAGCUUUAUUCCACCUCUGCAGGUGUAGAGAGGAUUUUACUAGUGAUGAAAAGACAAAUUGUCUGGAUUUUUCUCUUCUCCCCAAUACUGUCUAUCUGCCAGUUCAACCCAAAACAUGGCAAUUGAAUUGGGACCUCCUGUGCUAACAUAUCAUGAAAAUCAGAUGUUGUGUUUGGAUCUUUGUUAAGCAUUCCGUUUGAUUAGAAGAGCCAGAAUAGCAUCCCGCUGAAACAGAGUUUAAUAAUUCUAUUUGAAGCACAAGCUGAGAAUAGAAAUGGGCUAACUCUCCCAUACCUUGUUUGGCUCCAUGGCUGUAAACAAGAAAAAUAAACUUCAGCCAGUGGAAAUGACUGAACUACACAAGAAACAACCUUCUCACAGAACAGUUCUAAUAGUCAUUCUUAGAACUAUUUCUGUGUGAAAAUUUACCAGCAAUGUUGGAGGACAGAAGUGUUUAAUUUAUAAAUCUUGCAGUAAACUCACUGUAUAUGUGAUAGACCUGAGGGAUUUCAUGAGACUGGAAAGCCUUUUUUGUUAACACUGUGUUGAAAAAAAAAAAAUCUAUAUGGAAAAGACUGCCUCUGUUCCUGCAUGGUAAUCCACUAGAUGUUACUGCUCUGUUAUACAAAUUAUGCAUUGGAACAGCAAGUUUUAACAUGUGAACAGUGGCAUUAAGUAGCCUCCUGCAUGUUCCUCAUUGUCUUACGUUUGCUUGGGGGCCCUUUUGCUUGUGAAGUCAGACUAAGGUGAUUUUUUUUUUCUCUUUUGUUUUUUAUCCAAGCAAGACCAGGAUAUUAUUGUGAGAACACCCCAAAGCAGUUCCAAAAUAAGCCCAAAUUUGUUAGUGAAAUGACUCUUGUUUAUGUCAGAGCUCAGACAUAGAGAAGCUUAUUGAGAAAUGAGUGGCGCUUUUUUGUUAUUAGUGUUGUGAGACUGUCCAGAAUUGUUCUUCUGGUGUUUUGUGACUUGAUGUAUAAAAUUAUUUGUUCACCUCACAGGAGGCCCUUGGUCCCAGUUCUGUUUCAUGGUGUACGCCAGCUAGUGCUGCUUGAUGGUUUCACUGAAGUAGAGAAGGGAGGCCUGACACAGGUCAAAAAAUAGGCAAGAGUAGCUCGGGCGAGUCCCUCUGUGGUAGUCACAACAGAGGCCAGGGUGUGGAAGACAGUGGGGGCUGCCAGCCACAUCUAUGUAUUAAGCAAAGCAGACUCUACCACCACCUUUCCACCUCUUCCUCUCCUCUCAAGCUUUGAGCUUUUGUUUUCAGAAGUAGGCAAACAAAAACCUCGUUUAAAAAAACCCAAAUUGGUAUCUACCCAUCUUCUGUUCCUCCCUGGCCUAUCUGCAGUCUAGAAAGAAGAGGGCAGUGGACCUUCUGGCAAAAUGAUAGGUCAGGGAUAAUAAUAGGAAAAGAAUGCUGGUCAGGGAAGAGAGGGACAGAGUUGCCUCAGAGCUGCUCUCACUAGGUGGUUGAAGAGGGGGCUUUGGGUGAGCUGGCAGUUGAGAGAGAAUGUGUGUUAUAAAGAAAGAACUUGUGAAACCUGUCCCUUGCAUUUGUGAGUGGAGUUCUGAAUGGCCCUGCAGAGGUGAGUGCUGCACUUAUGUAUCAGUCUUCUGCCAUUUAGGAAUGCAGUGGAGAUGUGUACAUUGACAACUUGCAUAGAGUAAUUUCUACAUAAAAAUGGAUAACAUUGGAACACAUUGCUUUUGCUAUGCCUAUUGUCAAGGUUUUCCCCAAGGGCAUGAUAAAGUUGUUUUGAGAUAAUAGCUUGUGAUCAAUAGGCCAUAAUGUCCUGUGCCUGAACUUACUGUCCUCACAGAGAAAGUGUGAUCUUCUGGGUGUCAAACCAUCUGGAUUCCACGCACAAAAGUGGUCAAGAUAGGAAGGCUUAUAAAACAGCCCCAGGACAAUUGGAAGGAGUAACUAGCACUUGGUAUAGAGAUGACCCCUUUUCUCUUCCACCUCUUUCUUUUUCUCUCUUAAUGUCUUAAAGUGCAGGGAGCAGGCAGGCGAGAGAUGAUCCCUAAUUAACUGGGAGUGGUAGAGGUGCAGGGUUCCAUGGGAGCAUUUGGGGCUGCUGUGGAUUGCUACAAAGUUGGGAUGGGGUAGAAUUCCUAGGACUUUUCGGAACCUCCAUCACACCUUAUCUCAUUAUGGGGUAGCAGAGUUUUGGCUGGGAGGGGAAUUUUGGAGGAGGAGAUGGAAAACCUUUUUUUUAUUAUUAUUGUUGGUUUUUAAUCAGAAAAUGUAGUGUCAGCACAAAGAAGCUUUUUGCAAAUCUGUCAAAAUGUUAAGCAGCUUUUUCUUUUUUUGCUUUUAAAUCUGAAGUAUGUUUUGAAGCACUUUGGAAAUGCAAAGUACUAGGAGUGCUAAGUACUCCUUAUCAUCUGUCUAAAAGUGGCAUUUGAAAAGCAAAAGAUGUAUCUGUUUCAGGCCACUGGCUGCUCCUCGUCAUUUUUCCAGAGCUGCCACCCAGCCCUUUGCCUCCCUCCCAUGGGGAAAAGUGUACUCCACCAUGCCAGGAGCAGAGGGUUCCCUAAGGGAGGAGACCUGCUAAAUGCCUCACUUGCCUUUGGGGCACAGGUUGGCUUCCUCCCUCCCUACCUCCUUUGAUCAAGGAAAGGGAAAAAUGGUGUUGAGUUUCAGUUUGAGUGGUCCUAGUCUGGAACUAUAACCAUUUCUUCCAGCUCCAGAGACAUGUUUAUAGAGUUUCCUGUCUGAAAAAUUGCACCUUAUUAGCUUAAUUGAGGAAAGAGAUGUCUGUCCUUCUGCAGGGAGUGGGGAGAGGAAGGGAGGGUGAAUCAGGAGCUGCCUUCAGUAGCUGCUGAAUUUUUCCAGAGGCUGUUUCCUCAUUUCAACUCCAACAGAACACCAACAAAAGAACUAAAAUAAUUUAGAUGAAGCUUUUGUUCUGUAUAUGUCAAGAACUUUUUGAGCAAACUAAGGGCAGAGAACCCUUUUCCCUCACCUAGUCAGCUCUACACUGUGGGGGUCAACAUCCCAGUUCUCUUGCUGGGUCUUCAGCACCAACUUUUCCCUCAGCAUAUGCACAUCAUUAGAACGCUUUUGCACACCAACUCAUCUAAUUUGGUGUGCUCCCUUUCUGUUGCAGGGGUAAGAUGGGGGACGAUGGAGUCAGUUAGAGGGGAGGGUGGGUCCCUGGUUAUUUUUUUCCUGUCUCCUCAGUUGUUGCUGUUGUUCCCAUCAGCACUCUAGAGUGUUGGAGUCUUUGCACACAGAAAGCUUCCUUUUGCACAGAAUGAGAUUCUAGCUUUUGUACAGACUAAUUGAAUGUAUUUGGGGAGGGGGGGAAAUAGGGAGUAAACCAAUUCCAAACAAACCAGUCAGAGUAUAAUGCCUUUUCUGAGCAAGUAUGUGCUGUAAAAGGAGAGUGUAAUAGCAAAGGGAGGGCAGCCUCAAGUAUAAUUUGACACAAAGUGUGGUUUUAUUUUUGUACUGAUAUGGAUAAGAGACUGUACAGCAUCUAUUUAUUUAGAUGAUUUAUGUGGUAAAUGUUGCAAACAAAAUUAUUAAAAUAUUAAAUAUGAGAACUGACAUUUA